AACACAUUUUCCUCUCCUCACAAGACCCUAGAGUGGGUGAUUUUGAAUGUUUAAACCAAAAUGAAUCGUUUAUAAUACAUUACAUCGACAUAUUUGAUUCACACUGUAAUGUUAAUGGCAUAGAAGACGUGCCAAUGUAAGGUGUGUAUUGUAUGUGUAAAGACUGACGCUGGAGAUGAGAAGCAGGUACGGGGAGUUGAACAUUUAAUGAGGAACGGACAGGUAACAGGACAGGAACAGCGUCAGCACACGGGUAAACAAGGACGUAUGGCAAUCAAUGCAGAAGCAGGGAACAGAGCGGGGAACCAGACAGAUAUAGGGGAGGUAAUGACAGAGGGGAUUGAGUCCAGGUGAGUCCAAUGAUCGCUGAUGUGUGUGACGGGGGGGAAGGCAGGUAUGCGUAAUGAUGGUGGCAGGAGUGCGUCGUGCUCGGGAGCGAGCGGGGGCUGGAGUGCGUCGUGCUCGGGAGCGAGCGGGGGCAGGAGUGCGUCGUGCUCGGGAGCGAGCGGGGGCAGGAGUGCGUCGUGCUCGGGAACGAGCGGGGGCAGGAGUGCGUCGUGCUCGGGAACGAGCGGGGGCAGGAGUGCGUCGUGUUCGGGAGCGAGCGGGGGCAGGGGUGCGUCGUGUUCGGGAGCGAGCGGGGGCAGGAGUGCGUCGUGCUCGGGAACGAGCGGGGGCAGGAGUGCGUCGUGCUCGGGAGCGAGCGGGGGCAGGAGUGCGUCGUGCUCGGGAGCGAGCGGGGGCAGGAGUGCGUCGUGCUCGGGAACGAGCGGGGGAAGGAGUGCGUCGUGCUCGGGAGCGAGCGGGGGCAGGAGUGCGUCGUGCUCGGGAGCGAGCGGGGGCAGGAGUGCGUCGUGCUCGGGAGCAGGAGUGCGUCGUGCUCGGGAGCAGGAGUGCGUCGUGCUCGGGAGCGAGUGGGGGCAGGCGUGACAGUAUAUGCUUCGUUAAGAUUUUGGAGUCUGUUUUUUAACGUUUCAAGAUGGUUCUGUCCUAAUGUACAGUUAAAUAAUGGCUGUGUGUUAGCAGCACUGACUGCCCUGCAUGAAUAGUACCAUGCGUUGAUCUCUCUGUCUUGACUCCACAGCCAUAAUGAUCUGCCCUGGCAGUUGAGGAUGAAGUUUAACAACCAGCUGAACAAAGUGGAUCUGUACACCCUCAACAACA